AUGGCGGAAGAAGGAAGUAGUCCGAAGAGCCCAGAGGCAAAACUCGGGUUAGAAGUGGAAGACCUUUGGGAUAUACAAGAGCCACAACUUUCUCCCACCGAGAAGCUUAAUGCAUGUUUCGAAAGCAUCCCUGUUUCCCAGUUUCCUCAAGCUUCUGCAUCAGAAGUAAUUGAGAUUAGAUCAGAUGCCAGUCUGGGUGAAGCCGUCCAGUUGCUGUCCCAAAAUAAACUUCUCAGUGCACCUGUUGUGAAUGUUGAUGCACCAGAAGAUGCUAGUUGGAUUGAUAGAUAUCUUGGGAUAGUCGAGUUUGCAGGCAUUGCCGUUUGGAUCUUGCACCAGUCAGAAAAGACAGAGGGGAUAGAUGUGAAGACUGAGGGUGUAGAUGCUGCUGAUGUAUUUGCUAAAGCUUUACAGGAUUCUCAAGGACCUGCUGUAGCAGCAGCAGCCAGUGGAAUGUCUUCCCCAAAAUAUAUAAGCUCGCAGCCUGGGUCUCCUAAAACUGCCGGGGACUUUUUUGAAUUGUUAACGUCUUCUGAUUUCUAUAAAAACACUAAGGUUAAAAACAUCUCAGGAACGUUUCGAUGGGCGCCUUUUCUGGCCUUGCAGCCAUCUAACUCAUUUCUUACCAUGCUUCUACUACUAUCUAAGUACAGAAUGAAGAGUAUACCAGUAGUUGAUUUAGGGGACAAGAAGAUCGAGAAUAUCAUCACCCAAUCUGCAGUAUUCCAUAUGUUGGAGGAAUGUGCAGAUCUUCAGUGGUUCAAAAGCUGGGGAUCUAAGAAACUAUACGAGCUUGGUCUCCCACUUAUGAAACAUACUCGGAUUAUAAAGGUAGAAGAAGAUGAACCAGUUCUGCAGGCAUUUAAAAUCAUGCAGGAGAAGGGAGUUGGUGGGGUGCCUGUUGUUGCUAAUGGAGGAAAUAAAGCAAUUGGUAAUAUAAGCAUCAGGGAUGUUCAAUACCUACUGAUGACCCCCGAUAUAUACAAAGACUACAGAUCCAUCACAGCUAAGAACUUCCUAACAGCUGUUAAAAGCUACUUGGAGGAGAAUCACAAGGAAUCCCCUUUAAUGAGUGGUAUGAUUACUUGUAAAAAAGAUGAUACACUUAAAGAUGUCAUAAUGAAGCUUGAUUCUAUGAAGAUUCAUCGUAUAUACGUGGUUGACGAAGAAGAAAACCUCGUAGGGUUGAUAACACUGAGAGAUAUAAUUUCAAGGUUAGUACAUGAGCCCAGGGGAUAUUUUGGUGAUUUCUUUGACGGUAUUUUACCCAUCCCUCAAACCUCCCGUGUUUAGUCAAAAAAGACUUGUGAUCAAUGAUAACAGCUCAAGUUUUAUUUGUUAGAAAGACCCAGUCAAAAAUCUCCUUUGUAAGGAUUUUUGUCAAGAAGUAUUGUUAAUUUGUAAAUUUUCUGUUUUCGUAUAAUCUGGUUUUCAUGUAAGUGAUGUUAGAAUGAA